GAAACAAGUGCACACUCGCCACUCGCACCCAGCACUACCGCCCCACACCACACCACCAGCGCAACUGAACGUACCCGGUGCACUACGCCACCGCAACCUACCCGCUGGACCAGGCGCAGCUGCUCUGCCCCGUAAACACUGGCAAAGAUGUCCAACAAGAUUGUCAUCUACAGAGCCAUCAUUGACGAUGUCAUGGCCAACGUCGCGGUCGACUUUGAGGAGUACGGCAUGGACGAGGACCUGCUCCCAUUACUGCAGCAGAAAUGGGAGAGCAAGCUCCUCGAGACGCGCGUAGCCGAGUUUGCGCGCGCGCCCGGUGCGCCCGAGACUGGCAACGGCGAUGCGUCUGCUGGUGCUGGUGCGAGCAGGCCGCCUGCCGCUGCAGCCCCCGCUGCUGCGGAGAAGCAGCCCGAGGCGGUGGUCAAAAACGAGCCCGAUGACGUGCUGCGCAUCCGUGGUGGUGCGGCGGACGAGCACCACCCCGUGCCAUUGCCAGAACCGCGCGUCGAGCCCAACGCCGCCGGCCUGCUCCCCGGCGACGAGAUCAUCGACUCGGACCUCGACGACAGCGACGACGAGCUGCGCGACGACGACGAGGGUGAGGACGGCGACGGCGAGAUUGACAUCGUCUUCUGCGUGUACGACAAGGUACAGCGCGUCAAGAACAAGUGGAAGACGGUCUUCAAGGACGGCAUGGUGCACAUCAAUGGCCGCGACUACCUGUUCGCCAAGUGCCAGGGCGAGUUUGAGUGGUAGACUGGCUCCACAAUACACAUGAUAAAACUCGCUGUAGACAAUCCUUCUCCUCUGGUGACACCACCCUCCUCCACCCCCCUCAACCCCCACAACACCCUCCCAGCCCCACAUUGAAUCACCAAAAGACAACACCCUCCACACCCUCACAUCCUUCCUGACCAUCCAAGACGUGUACCAGUAGAACUUCAUGCAUUAAGCGUCAAUCGCAA